UCAGACAGGCCUGACAUUCACCAGGCUGCACUGUUGCCUUUUAAGCUUAUGAAGAAGAAAAGAGCCCAGAAUAAGGGCUGAAGUUGGGUUUAAUUGGUGGGUUUUGAGUCUGUUUGCGUGUCAGAAAGUGCUGUUGUUUACAGUCUGUGUGGGUGUUACAAUACAAUGCCAGGAUCCUGCCAAUCACAUCAAAACAAUUUAUUUAUGAGACUAAACAAUGUUUUUCAUUUAAUCGGUCCUUCUUAAUAAAAGCCCCGAAGAAGAAACGGAGGGAGGAAAUAGUGUGCAGUCAGCCCUUUUUUAUUUUUUUAAAGCAGAUCGGAUCAUACAGUGAGCAGCUGUGUUUUUUUGAGAAGUGACUCACGCUUUAGAUUUUUCCUGCUUUUCAAGAGCGCAGACAGCGACUUGGAAAGUCUCCCGCUCACGCCCUUAAAACAAACACCAACGCUCCUGUACUCACAGUGGAUACCACUGACUGUACUCAGCCCAAAACUUCUCCUACGCCCUCUUCUGAGUCACACAAUGCCCUUAAUACGGAUUCACCAACCUUCUUUUUGUUUAGUUUAGUUUUAUUCAAACCUGCCCCGGCAUGAUAAAUGGACACUGUCAAUUUCGCCCAGGUGCUGAUACUGAGCGAUCGAAACAACCCCGGGACGGUGCUGUAAAGAAGCGAGAGACAACUCUGGCAGCCUCCUAUUGACAGCCAUUGAGUUGAGCAUUAAUUAAUAUGGUAAUGACGUGUGAAGGUUCAUUAACGGGCCGCCACAGAAGUAGCCGCGGAUACAGUGCUAAGCGCGCUCGGUGAGUAAUUAAUGGAAUAACUUUACUUAGUGGUAAAUAUUCAUGGGCCCUCGUGUUUUUUUUUAUUUGUCGGCGCCGUGUGAAGAGAGCACCGUCCAUUAGAGGGGCUGAAGGGCCGUCCGCGCUGAAUGCGGGGCCUUUUGUUGGGUUCGGGCUGCGUUUCAGUGGAGGGGGUAUUAAUUCAUAUUUUGAACAUGCAAUCUUACAACAAAGCCAAAGGCAGCGAUAACAUACCUACGACUAGAGAGCAUAUUGUGAAGCUGUGACCCCCCCCUCCCCCCCCACCCUCACUAAUAGGGAAGUCCACUUCACAGGUUUGUGGGCAGAAUAAAACGAGUCUUUGUUCGAGCUCAGUUGUAACCAGCGCAGGUCAUUACCAUAGCAAAAAAACCUUCUUGAUUGUCCAUUUCAUCUGAAAAUACGGUGUUUGCAUGCUUUUUUUUGUCACCCCCCCCUUCCUCUCCUCACGACCACAAUGGAGCAUGUGGUAUUUGCAUAGAGAAGGGAGAUAUUUCUUUGGAUGGUGUCAUCCCCUAACGGUAUCAGGCUAACGGUCGGGCCAUCCGUUGCACACACGAGUCUCGCCGUGAGGUAUUUCUUUGUCGGAAAAGUCACGUUUUCUCUCCGCUCUGUUAAACACCUACAAACACCCUUUCAAGGCGUCACAAGAGAACCUGGCACGAUGCUCCCCGGUUCCCUUUCGUCACUUGAGAUUGUUGCAUUUUGAUUCACAUUCUCAGCCCGAGCCUCUAACCGAGCGUGCACAUAACCCACCUGGGUGGGUAAUUAUCUCAACCAGGAGUUGUUCCAUCCCCUAAAAUCUCGAUGUGGGAGUGUGUGAUGGGCUCGGCUUUUCCCAGCCCGGGCGAAGCAGCGUGUGCUUGUUUAUCCUCACCCUACGUUCUCCGCACCCCCCACCGCUCUAAAUGGCAAAACAUUACAGGUUUGUGCUGUUUGAAAUGGAGACAAUUAUCUGUUUAGGCAUCACAAGAUGGGCAUUAGGUUACAAGGAGAAAAAGGCGUACAGCUGCUAUCAGGAUCCCGUCGUUGCCUUUUUGUUUCUCUCCCCGAUACAAAUUUUCCGUCAUUAAAAUGAUGGAACAUUUAUCUAAAUGGAUGUUAUGCGUUGGGUAAACUCAUUUGGCUCCCGGGGCCCUUUCAGGUGAUGGGAAUUAAUGAUGUUUAGUAGUUUUGAAACUGAAAAUAUCUGUCAUUUGUCACCACUCGCCAUUGAUUUACGGUUCCAUUGAUGAUAUGUUAAUUGAAGUGUAAUGAAUCACAAUAAUAGGGCAGUUGUGUGGGAAUGGUCCAUUUUGGAUGAUUGUUCAACCCUCGGUAGAGUUCAGAGCGAGCUGCAUGUUGACUCGCGUUUUCAACAAGGGCAUUUAACACAUAAUUAAUGCUGGAACUGGGCAAGUUGGACCUGUGUGUGUGUGUGUGUGUGUGUUUUUAAUCUUUUCUCAGUCUGCUUCAGAUAAACACACGCUUGGUCACAGUUUUGACUGCCAAAUAUAAACGGCAAGAAAGAACAGUGGGAGUUGGGAGCUUCUUUCUUUUCUUUCAUAUUUGGAUAUGCUUUAAUGCUUUUAUUCAAAUGCACCUGAGAUAUUGCCCCACAGUCACUUCUCAGUUUACCAUAAAAAUAAGAUUUUGUUUCCUUCUCUCUCUUUUUUUUUUCCCCCCAUCUUUCUUCGCCUGGGUUGAGUGCUCUGUUAGGACAGCUGUGUGCAUGCAGAUCAGGGCUGCCCAGGGUGGGGGGGGGGUGGGGGGUUGAGUCAGGGCAGAGCAGGUACUCUGUGCUCACCACCCACUGUCAAGCAUCACGGCAAAGUUUUUGUCUUGCAAAUAAACCGCCCGCUCACACGCGUUAUCGUCGGCGGGUACAGUUGUAGUUAACGGACGGUUUGGAAGUUAGCAGGACGUGUCUUUGACGGGGACAGACAGCCGGCCGCGGGACGGUACGUGUGAGGGCGCCUUCUGCCCCGAAAUGUUGUCUGCAGGGGGAGGCGCACUGACGUGCCCAGCAACCUCCAAACGCGAAGGGGAAGCAAACUGCAGAGGAACGCUGGGGAAUUGAUUUUCUCUCUCUCAUGAUUUCCCAGAAUACCACGAGAACGUUUGUGCACGUGUUUAAUCCGAUUCAACACGCACACCGGGCGAGGAGGCUGUUGCGCCACCGCUGGAACUGAAGAUAGCUUUAAAUAAAAGCAAGUCCUUGCAGAAGGUUUUUUUUAAGUCAUGAUGCAAGAAUCUGGGACGGAGGCGACCAGCAACGGACCGGCCAUCCACAACGGAGGCUCGGGCCCGGAGGGCGGGCCCAGGGAGGGGCGACCCAACAGCGCCACGCCGUCGGUGGAGGUGACCGCCGCUGACCUCCUGCAGUUCCAGCAGCACCAGGCUCUCCAAGUGGCACGGCAGAUACUCCUCCAGCAGCAGCAGCAGCAGCAGCAACAAAACACUGGCCGCAAGUCCCCCAAAGCCAACGACAAGCAGCAAAGCCUCCAGGUUCCAGUUUCAGUGGCUAUGAUGACACCUCAAGUGAUAACUCCACAGCAGAUGCAGCAAAUCCUUCAGCAGCAAGUCCUGAGCCCUCAGCAGCUCCAGGUUCUCCUCCAGCAGCAGCAGGCCCUCAUGUUACAGCAGCAGCAACUCCAAGAGUUCUACAAAAAGCAGCAGGAACAGCUCCACCUCCAGCUUUUACAGCAGCAGCCGCAGCAGCAGCAGCAGCAGCAGCAGCAGCAGCAUGCAGUCAGCAAGCAGAGUAAAGAGCAGCAGUUGUCGGCGCAGCAGUUGGCCUUCCAGCAGCAGCUCCUGCAGGUCCAGCAGGUCCAGCAGCAGCAUCUGCUCAACCUUCAGAGGCAAGGGCUGCUCACCAUCCAGCCUGGACAGACCGGCCUGCCGCUGCACUCCCUCACUCAGGGCAUGAUUCCAGCCGAGCUGCAGCAGCUGUGGAAGGAGGUGACGACUGCCCACGUGAAGGAGGAGCACCACCACCACCACCACAACAACAACAACAACAACAGCAUCCACAACGGCCACCGGGGCCUUGACCUGUCCUCCCCGGCACCGCCAAAGAACCCACUCCUCAACCAGCACGCCUCCACCAACGGGCAGUACAUGAGUCACAAGAGAGACGGAUCCUCGCUAGAAGACCAUUCCCCCCACAGUCACCCCCUCUACGGUCACGGCGUUUGCAAGUGGCCCGGAUGCGAGGCGGUGUUCGACGAUUUCUAUUCAUUCCUCAAGCAUCUUAACAAUGAGCACGCCCUGGAUGACAGGAGCACGGCCCAGUGUCGGGUGCAAAUGCAGGUCGUACAACAGCUGGAGCUGCAGCUAGCGAAAGACAAAGAGCGUCUGCAAGCCAUGAUGACGCACCUUCAUGUCAAGUCCACGGAGCCCAAAGCCAUCCCACAGCCGCUCAACCUGGUGUCCAGCGUCACGUUGUCCAAAUCGGCCCCCGAGGCCUCUCCUCCUCUGAGCCUGCCCCGGACCCCCACCACACCCACGGCGCCCCUCACACCCCUGUCCCAGACCCACUCCGUCAUCACAGCCAACAGCCUCCACAGCAUGGGCCCCAUGCGACGGCGCUACUCUGAAAAGUACAACAUGCCCAUCUCUCCAGAUCUCAGUCAGAACAAAGAGUUUUACAUGAAUGCAGAGGUUCGACCGCCGUUCACGUACGCCUCGCUAAUAAGACAGGCAAUCCUCGAAACUCCAGAAAAGCAGCUAACACUAAACGAAGUCUACAACUGGUUCACACGAAUGUUUGCAUAUUUUAGGCGCAACGCGGCGACGUGGAAGAAUGCAGUCCGCCAUAAUCUUAGUCUUCACAAGUGUUUUGUGCGAGUAGAAAACGUAAAAGGGGCUGUGUGGACAGUCGACGAAAUAGAGUUCCAAAAGAGACGGCCUCAGAAGAUCAGUGGAAGUCCAGCCUUAGUGAAGAACAUUCAGACCAGCUUGGGCUAUGGUCCGACCCUCUCUGCUGCCUUCCAGGCUUCAAUGGCAGAAAACAACAUACCUCUAUACACUACUGCUUCCAUUGGAAGUCCCACCCUCCACUCCCUGGCCAACGCCAUCCGCGAGGAGAUGAACGGAGCGAUGGACCAUGGAAACAGCAACGGCAGUGACAGCAGCCCGGGACGCUCGCCCCUGCCAGCUAUGCACCACAUCAGCGUUAAGGAGGAACCACUGGACCCCGAGGACCACGAAGGGCCCCUCUCUCUGGUAACGACCGCCAAUCACAGUCCGGAUUUCGAUCAUCACCACAGAGAUUACGACGACGACCAGGGCCACGACGACAUGCUGUAAGGCGAGCUCUGCCCCCCCCCCCCCCCCAUCCUCCUCCUCCUCCCCCGUUCCCCCCAAGCCUCAGAGGCAGAGGCAGUCUGGGUCAUCUGGGAGACCGAAACGCUCCGCAGAUAACAAACACUGAACUGCAGUCUCAGCCACUGAUGACAGCUCGCAAAUGUCUCCCGAGUUCACUUUUUUAGUGCCAUUACAAUACACAGCAAGAACACACACACACACACACACACACACACACACACACACACACAAACACAGAAUACCCCACGUGAGGGAUUCUUUUUUUUCUUUCUUUCUACUUUUAAGUAAAGCUUAAAAAGUGAAACUUCAUUUCUACUCGUGCGUGGGAUGGACUUGUUUGGUACAGGGGGGGCCGACGUGUUCGCAGUCAGAGACCCUCCCCGCGCAGCCAGGACGGACUGCACUCAGUGGACUGCAAGAGGGUGCUGCGUCCCUCCCCCGCCCACUCUCUCUCUCUCUCUGUCUGUCUCUCUCUCUCUCUCUCAGACACACACAUCUGACCACAAACUCAAGAGAGAGAGAAUGACUGACGUUUAAUUUACACCGUGUGAGUGUAGGUGUGUGUAUGCGAGAAGGAAGCGAGCGCGGGUUCUCUGUUCAUUGUCACAGCCUUCAACACUUCUCAUUGGUUUGAUUCCAUAGCGGGCGGGAGGGACGUUGUUUUUAUUUGGGUGUACUUUAUUGUUCGUGGGGGGGGGCGGGUGAGAGGUUAUUAAAUAUCAACAUAAUGUGUCUUUUCCAUUCAAUGCUGUUGUAGAUGUCGCAUCUUUGUUGUUUCUCUGUACUGAUCUGACCUCAUGCCCAUGCUGUGGAGAUUCUGUGUGGUCAGCACUUGAUGAUGAAUGUUUAUGAUUUCCUUUCAUGUUGUUCUUUUUAAAACCCACACACACACAUGAAGCAGAAUGUCACAUGCCAAGUAGUAUUUUUCUGUCAUUUAUUCACCCAUCUUUUCCAAAAAGCAAAAAAAAAAAAAAAGAAGAAAAAGUCACCCUC